UCAAUUUCCAGAGCCGUCUCGUCUCGUCUCAUCUCAUCUAUCACAACUCUCUCUCUCUCUCUCCCCGCCUUUUGCUUUUGCUUUUGCUUUUGCUUUUGGGGAGGGGUUUGGUUUUGUUUAUUCAUUCGAGUUCGAUUCUCCCAUUCGCAUUCGCAUUCGCAUUCGCAAUGCAACGUUGCUGCUUCCUACUUAUUUGAGCUGCCCCAUCCUUGUACGUACACCUCGCCUCUGAACACAGCAACAGUGACCGAGUCCUCCCAGAGAGAGAGAGAGACAGAGAUGAGAAUGCCUUCUUCUCUUUCCUGUUCUCUUCUCCUACUGUUACAGUGUUUUAUGCUCUCAUCUUGUGAUGCGUAUUCGGAUCUUGAAGCGCUGAUGAAGAUCAAGUCGUCCAUGAUCGGAGUGGCGGGCUCUGGACUUGAUGACUGGAAGCCGGAAACUUGGUCCUCGCAUUGCUCCUUUUCUGGAGUUACUUGCGAUGAUGACUCCCGGGUUAUUGCUCUCAACAUCUCCUCUGUUCCUCUAUUCGGCACCAUUCCUCCAGAGAUUGGCCUUUUGGACCGUCUCCUCAAUCUCACUCUCUCCGCCAACAAUCUCACCGGUCCUCUUCCCCUUGAGAUGUCCAACCUCUCCGCUCUAAGGUUUGUCAACCUCUCCUCCAACAACUUCAGCGGCGACUUCCCUGGAGAUAUGGUGCUUACCAUGACGAACCUCGAGGUUUUUGAUGCUUACAACAACAACUUCUCCGGUAAGCUCCCUUCGCAGUUUGCCGGCCUGAAGCGACUCAGAACGGUCCAUCUCGGCGGAAACUACUUUUCCGGCGAGAUUCCGGAAGCCUACGCCGAUAUACAGAGCCUAGAGAGCUUGGGUCUUCAAGGCAACGGUCUCACGGGAAGAAUUCCAGCGAGCUUGGCUCGGUUGUCCAACCUUCAAGAACUGUGCCUAGGUUAUUUUAAUGCGUACCAAGGAGGUAUUCCGCCGGAGUUAGGAUCAUUGAGCUCGCUCCGACUCCUGGAUUUGGGAGGUUGUAACCUCUCCGGCGGGAUUCCGCCGAGUUUGGGAAAUCUGAAGAUGUUACACACUCUCUUUCUCCAGCUUAAUAACCUUUCCGGCAUCAUCCCUUCGCAACUUUCCCGUUUGGUGAGUCUGAAAUCACUCGACCUCUCCAUCAACCAAUUCAGUGGAGAGAUACCCGACAGCUUCAUUGAACUUCAGAACCUCACCCUACUGAACCUCUUCCGAAACAACCUUCACGGUCCUAUUCCGUCUUUCAUCGGCGACUUGCCCCAUCUGGAGGUGCUGCAGGUUUGGGGGAACAAUUUCACCUUGGAAUUGCCCGAGAACCUUGGCCGGAACAGAAAACUACUGCAUCUCGACGUCGCGACCAAUCACUUAACAGGUACGAUUCCUCGCGAUUUAUGCAAGGGAAGGAGACUGAAGACGCUGAUACUGAUGGAGAAUUACUUUGUGGGGCCGAUUCCUGAAGAACUCGGUGAGUGCAAAUCACUGACUCGGAUUCGAAUCAUGAAGAACUACUUGAGCGGAACGAUUCCCUCCGGCUUCUUUAGCAUGCCGUUAUUGGACUUGCUUGAGCUUAACGACAACUUGUUCACCGGCCAACUUCCUUCCGAGAUAUCGGGCAAGACACUCGGCUCACUGUCCCUGUCUAAUAACAACAUCUCCGGCGAACUUCCUCCUGCCAUUGGUAAUCUUGUUAAUUUGGUUUCUCUCCUCCUCGACACGAACCAAUUUUCUGGUGAAAUCCCGGAGCAGAUCUUCAGUUUGAAAGCUCUUUCGAAGAUUAACCUCGGCUCCAAUAAUGUUUCUGGUAAAAUUCCUUCUUCAAUAGAGCACUGUGAAUCUCUAACUUCAAUAGAUCUCAGCAGGAACAAUUUGUACGGUGAAAUUCCAGUAGGUAUUACUAGAUUACACAACUUGGGCAUUCUGAAUUUAUCUAGAAACCAGCUGACCGGUGCAAUACCCGAUGAAAUGGCUUCCAUGGACAGCCUAACAACGUUAGACCUUUCAUACAAUAGCCUCUCCGGUAGAAUCCCCUCCGGCGGGCAGUUCCAAGCCUUCAAUGCCAGCUCCUUCGCCGGCAACUCCAAGCUCUGUCCAUCGCACAAUCAAUCCGUGUGCCUGUUCAUGGUGCAAAAUCCAACUGGGUCUUCAAAGGAACGGCGUAAUGCUUUUGGAUCAACAAAGCUCAUUAUCACAAUCAUCGCUGUCGUAACGUUUGGGUUGUUGGUCACGGUCACGUUGAGGCGAAUCAGAAGCAAGAGACUGGAAAAAUCAAGAGUGUGGAAGCUCACUGCAUUCCAGAAGCUAGAUUUCAAAGCCGAAGACAUUCUCGAGUGCCUGAAGGAAGAGAACAUUAUCGGAAAAGGAGGCGCCGGAACCGUGUAUCGGGGGACCAUGCCAAAGGGCGGAGUCGACGUGGCAAUCAAGCAAUUAGGCGACCGCAGUACCACUGGCCGCAACGACCGUGGUUUCUCGGCCGAAAUACAGACUCUGGGAAGAAUCCGGCACCGGAACAUCGUGAGACUGUUAGGCUACAUAUCGAACAGAGACACGAACUUGCUGGUUUACGAAUACAUGCCGAAUGGAAGCUUGGGGGAGAUGCUUCACGGGCCAAAGGGAGCCCGGUUGCAGUGGGACAGCAGAUACAAGAUCGCAGUGGAGGCAGCCAAAGGGCUGUGUUAUCUCCACCACGAUUGUUGCCCUCUCAUCAUCCACAGAGACGUCAAGUCCAACAACAUAUUGCUCGACUCCGAUUACGAGGCUCACGUCGCCGAUUUCGGGCUGGCCAAGUUCCUACAGGCCGCCGGAGCUUCGGAGUGCAUGUCAUCCAUCGCCGGCUCCUACGGCUACAUUGCCCCGGAGUACGCGUACACCCUCAAAGUGGAUGAGAAGAGCGACGUGUACAGCUUCGGGGUUGUGCUUCUGGAGCUGAUCACGGGGCGGAAGCCUGUGGGCGGGUUCGGGGACGGAGUGGACAUAGUGAGGUGGGUUAAGAAGACGAUAUCGGAGUUGGCUCAGCCGUCGGAUGCGUCGUCGGUUCUGGCGGUGGUGGAUCACAAUCUGAGUGAGUAUCCAUUGACGGGAGUUGUGAACUUGUUCAAGAUAGCAAUGAUGUGCGUUGAGGAGGAGAGCGUAGCGAGGCCGACAAUGAGGGAAGUCGUCCACAUGCUCACCAAUCCUCCUCCUCCUCCUCCCCAUCACCGUCUCAUUCACUGAUAUUCCUCUCUGCUCUGCUCUUCUCUGUCUUUUCUCCGUUGCCUUGCCUCUUCCUAAUAUUUGCAAUAAUUUGAACUGCAGCUUAGCAGCAGCCGCCGCCAAAUUCCCAAGUGGGCAAAUCUUGUAUAAUUUGUGGCCGAAGUAAUUAAUCUAUCUUGGCUGUUCGUCUGGUUUUGGUUUUUGUUUUCCUUCCCUUUGGUUUGAACUGCCCACUGGCGUGGUGUUGGCGGGGGGGAUGGUCAAGUAAGUGUACCAUAUUUAUCACCUCUAAGUAAACUUAAAACUUUUCAGAAUAAGUAAA